AUAUAUAUAUAAUGUUUAUGCGGAGUAGAGAAAAAUUAAAAGUUAAUAAAACGGAGGAUUGUGAACGGCAGAGAUUAAAGAAAGAUUAAUUAAUGAUGCAUUUGAGCCAUCUUUUAACUACAAUAUUGAAAAUUACAAUAUCUAGUGCAGAAGAAAAAGAAGAAUAAUAAACGGCAGAGGGGAGGGAACGACAGGAACGAAAGACGAAUAUCAACGACAUACAGUACACAGAAGAAUUAUGUCUACAUCACCUAGAGAAGAACGUCCAAAAAGAACCAUUGUCAAACCAUCCAGAUUUCAGAACUACGUUCAGACUAUUCAGACUAUGUCUUCUGAUGAAGCCCCAAGAAAACAGGAAGGACUGGAGGACAAGACAAAGAUAUGACCAUGACAUUGGAAGAAGAUAUCAGGGAAUUGAGAGGAAUUUUAGAAGAAAAUUCCUCUCAUUUAUAUAAUACAAAUAAUUUACGGACACAACAGGAUCCUCCUGUAUACAAAGCACAAGAACAAAUAUCCACUCAGCCACAGAACUAUCCACAAGAACAAAUAUCUAAUUCAUAUCAUUCUUUACAAAUACCUGUCAAUACAGAAUCAUAUUCUACUUUAUCAUGCGCUGCUCCUUCAACAGAACGUUUACUUAAUACAACGCGUAGCUCAACAUUUGUGCCAAACCAAUAUAAUACUUUAGACAACAAUAUUAAUACAUACAACAAGUUUCAAGCUAAUUAUCCAAAUUCAGGCGAAUCAAUGCCGACUAAAGCAAAUUACAAUGCUCAACUUAGAAGAAUAGCAGAAAAUGAAGUAGAGAAUCAGUGAGUGUAAUGUGAUAAUAAUUUA